AUGGCGUGGCGUAAAUUCGUUAGUCUAGAUUACAAAGUCCAUUUGCUUGUUUCCCUAGUUGUUAGGCUGGCUCUAGUGGCCUAUGGGGUCUACCAUGAUCAGGUCUCCUCAGUCCCUUACACGGACAUCGACUAUAAAGUCUUCACAGACGCGGCACGACACGUCCUUGACCACAAAUCGCCCUUUGAAAGACACACUUAUCGCUAUUCGCCCCUCGUGGCCUAUCUCAUGAUUCCCAACAUCACCCUCCACCCCAGCUUCGGCAAAAUCCUGUUCUGCAUUAUCGACUUAAUCGACGCCACCUUGAUCCGAAUAAUCGUCAAAACGACGCUCCACGAAUACUUCAAGUACGUGGGGGAACCCCAAAACUGUAUCACGGGGCGCAGCCGCAAGAAAACCAAAACGAAGAAAAACGACCAAACUGACACCACUGCGAAUUUAAGUCUGGUAGUCUGGCUUUACAACCCCCUAACUCUAGCCAUUGCCACUCGAGGAAAUUGUGACUCGAUCGCGGUUUUUUUCGUGUUGGCAACGCUGUAUUUGUUGCAAUGUCGCAAACAAUAUUUUGCGGCCGGAUUAAUACACGGUCUUUCGAUACAUUUCCGCCUGUACCCGAUCGUGUACAGCCUCACGUUUUACAUGUAUUUGAGCAAGUUUUCAUUUUACUCGCUGGAAGAUAGGCGCAAAAGCCACUUGAGGGAAAUCACCGGUGCGAGCGACGGCAGGGUUGCCACCCGCAAGCCGGAGAGAAAAACGAUUUUCAAGAGGAAAUAUCUGCUUUAUUUGGUCCCGAAUUGCGAUCAGAUAAGGCUCGUCCAGGGCUGUAUCUUGUCGCUUUUCUCCCUGAUUGGCAUAUUUUAUUUUCUCUACGGCUACAAGUUCGUCUACGAGACGUAUUUGUACCACUUUACUCGCAAAGACACGCGCCACAACUUCUCGCUUUACUUCUACCUCCAAUACCUCACUGCGUGGAUAAAAAAUAUCGGGAUUUGGCAAAAAGUUUUAGUUGUGUUACCACAACUUGUGCUCUUGUUAGUGUUUUCGUUCCGGUACGGUUUGAAUCGCUUUUCGUUGAAUUUCUCAGUUCUAGCCCAAACUAUAGUCAUGGUGACUUACAACAGUGUCUUAACUUCACAGUAUUUUGUGUGGAUUAUGGCGGUUUUGCCGCUGUGUCUUUGGCAAAUUCGGAUGAGUGUUAAUAAUGCUAUUUUUUUGGUUGUUGUGUGGUUUGCGGCACAAGGGGCUUGGUUGCUCCCAGCGUAUUUUCUGGAGUUUCACGGCCAAAACACCUUUCUUUUUAUUUGGAUUCAAAGUGUGUCAUUUUUCUGCGCCAACAUUGCAAUUUUAGGGAGACUUAUCAUGUUUUUUGCGCCGGUAAAGAAGGAAGUGUAAAGGAAUCGUGCUGUUUGUAGCUAAUUAGUUGUAAUGUGUAUUUGUACAGUUUAUAACAGAAUAAAAUAAACCGAAUAAAGUAGCAAGUAAAACGUAAAAAUAA